CAUUUAGCACGAUGGCGUCACGCGCUCGUGUGACGCCCUUGCGACCGACGGUGUGAAGCGCCUCAAUCCGUCCUAUGGCUCUCGCUAAAGUCCACCGGUGUUUAAAGUUAAAUCGCGCGCCCGACAAAUGAAUCAACUCCUCGUGCAAUAGGCUCGAUGACGCAAUCGCUCGAGGCGAUGGAGUGACGUCACACCCGCGGAGGCGAGCGAAGCGAGGUGGGGCCGAGGGGAGGGGAUUGUGAGGGGUUGUAGGGGUGGGGGGGCGACAGUGAGCGAAGCCCCGCCCCAUCCUCCCCGCCCCCCACCGCCGCCGCUCGCGCCAGGCCGCGCAUGGGGCUCACGCGCGCCUCCCAUUGGCGGAGGCUGCUCGAGCGGUUCCGUGGCGCGAGCGCCUCGUCCAAUGGAGUGCGGGCGAGGCCAGGCCCCCGCUCGACGUCACUCGCGCGCCGCCCGUGUCACGAUCAGCUGCUGCUGCUGCCACUGCUCAAAGCGGAGGCGCGACCGGCCAGUUUCAGAUUUUGGAGCAGCAUUUGCGACCCAUACCCAGCAACCAUGAGCAAUGACAAGAAGCAGCAGGCCAAGGCGGACACCCAGGCAUUUGACCAGCUCUUUGGCCAGCUUGCAGCUGAUCUCACCCAGGCUGACCUCGAGCACCCUGAGAUUGGUGAUGCUAUCAAGAGGCUCAAGGAGGUUUUGGAGUACAACGUGCCGGGAGGGAAGCGUAACCGUGGGCUCUCUGUGAUCGCCUCAUUCCGUGAGCUGGCCAGUACGUCACAGCACACGGAGGAGAAUGUCACGCGAGCACUGGUCGUUGGCUGGUGCGUCGAGCUGCUCCAGGCAUUUUUCUUGGUUGCCGAUGACUUGAUGGAUCAGUCGACGACAAGAAGAGGACAGCUCUGCUGGUACAAGAAGGAGAACGUAGGCAAUGAUGCUGUCAACGAUUCCUUUCUUCUGGAGGCCACCAUUUACAGGUUGCUGAAAAAAUAUUGCCGAGGACAGCCCUACUACCUCCACCUUGUGGAGCUCUUUCUGCAGACAACUUACCAGACUGAGCUGGGGCAAGCGCUGGAUCUCAUGUCGGCACAGCCAAACAAAAUUGACCUGAGCAUAUUCACAGAACAGCGAUACAAAUCCAUCGUGAAAUAUAAGACGGCAUUUUAUUCAUUCUAUUUGCCUGUGGCUGCUGCCAUGUACAUUGCUGGCAUUGAGAGUGAAGAGGCCCAUGAAAAUGCUAAAGCAAUUCUGCUGGAGAUGGGGGAGUUCUUUCAAAUCCAGGACGAUUAUCUGGAUUGCUUUGGAGAUCCAGAGGUGACGGGAAAGAUCGGUACCGAUAUUGAAGAUAAUAAGUGUGGCUGGCUGGUGGUGCAAGCUCUUAAAAAGGCCAGCCCUGAGCAGAGGAUUAUCCUGGAGGAGAACUACGGGCGUCACGACGCAGAACAGACGGCGCGCGUCAAGGACGUGUACACGGCGCUGGAGCUUGAGCGGGUUUACCACGAGUACGAGGACCGCAGCUACCGCACGCUCACGGCGCUCAUCAAGCAACACGCUGGCAGCCUGCCCGAAGAAGUCUUUUUGGCCUUCGCUCGCAAAAUCUACAAGCGCCAAAAGUGAUAGCGUCCACCUUUUUUUUUUAGGUUGGAUUUUGUUUUGUUGAGACGCACACUGGCCUGCGAUGUUUGGCCACGGACGUAGGAUAGGGUUUCUGCUUACGAAAUCUGUUAGGAGGAAAAUGGAAUGCAAGGUCUGUGUUUGAAGGCGCACACCAACGGAACAAUGUUUACUGAACUCUUAACCCUGCAUUCUAUUGAUGCAGUGAUCUGAUUGGUGUCAGUCUACCAGAAUGAGAUAUUGAGUAUGGUGAUUCUGUCGAUUGGAACAUGGUUGGUCAUACCACAUUUAACGUGUUUUUCAUCUCCAUGGCUUCGGAUUAAGAGUAUACCAUCGAUGAUGAUUCGUCAGAUGUGCAUUUGUCCAGAAGAGAUACUUUAAACUACAUUUCAGGGUGAUUUUUGGGCCUGCAUGCUUUAUGGUAACAAAAAUCAAACCCAUGCUCCAGCUUGGAUGCCCACACAGCCUUUCAAUUGAAAUCGAUCAAGUGAUCUGUCCUGGGUUUGUAAAUUUCCCCAGAGAAGCACAAUCUUAACAGAUGAUUGGUGGAGUGCUUGCUCUGUCAUGUGUUUCACUUUUCCAUAUUUGGCAAACAUGGGGGGGGGGGGGUACAUCUCUUUAUCACUUACACACUCAGCUGUGGCAGCAUCUGUGUCAACCCAACCACUGGUGAGUGGGUACCUUGAUCAACAACAACAAAAAACUCCUCAUGAAAGCUACUUGCACUGUUAUGUGCAAUGUGCUAAUGGCAUGGAAACAUUAACUCUAUUUGGUGACUGUAGAUAAUUGGUAACCCAAUGAACAUUUAACUUUGGACCAAUGCGGGGCCAACGUUGGUCCUACGGUUCCAUCCACAUGCCAGAGUUGAUCCAUCGUAUGUUUACUGGGAACCACUUGACCAGAAACCAUUUGAAAUUAUUAAAUAUGCAUUGUGUCAGGAGUUGUAAGUGUCCUUGCUCUGGCCAUCAGGCUCAUUAUUUUCAAUUGAAUACUGUUUGAUUAACCAUAUGCUCUAUUGGUUAUACCUGAUGUGAGUUCAUGAUGAAACACUAUCCAAUGUUUCUCCACUUUGUGUUCUUUACAUUGAACUUUGAAAAUGAGUUAAUAAAGGCAGUGAUUUUUUUCUGAUUUUUUUA